UGUAACUUUACCAUUUUUCUACUGGUUGAAUGCUAUAUUUUUUUACAAAAUGAGCAAUCUCGGAUGUCAGAAUUUGAAGUUCGUGUCAUCUGCAUAUUAUAACGUUUACACAAAUAAACAAAUAAAUAAUGCCGGGACCUGGGGAAGAAAAAGGCGAAGGACCUGAGGAUCAGGAUACUAUUGGGAUCUACGUAGGUAAGAGGAAUCCUGAAGGUGAUAGACACGGAGAAGGCUGGGCAGUCCUGCCAAACGGUGAUUACUACACAGGCUGCUACUGUCGAGGACAGAGAAACGGGAAGGGCUUGUACGUGUUCAAAAAUGGUGCCAGAUAUGAAGGAGAAUGGCGCAGAGCAAUGAAGUAUGGUGUCGGCCGCAUGGUAUACCCUGACGGCUCUCGAUACGAAGGAGACUGGAGACACGACGUCAAACAAGGAUUUGGCGCUUACUACUACCCGAACGGCGACAUUUACGAAGGUGCCUGGUUCAAGGGCAAACGCCACGGUCUAGGCACGUAUUUCUUUGCAGAGUACCAAAUUAAAUUCAUGGGGACUUGGCUCGAAGGGGCGAUUCAAGGUCCUGGACAGAUUAUCUACCCUAGAUACCGGUACCAUGGCUCUUGGUUGAAAGGAAAGCCUAAAGGCCCGGGGUGUUUUGUCUUUGACACUAACUGUAUGCAACAUGGAUUCUAUCUGCUUAUCAAAGACCCAGCUUUAGAGGAAUAUGGUGAAGGCGAGGAGGAGAAAGAUGAAAAAGACAUAAAGGAGGAGAGAUUGGAGGAAGAAGAGGUCGAGGUUGAUGAGACUACAGGUAAGAUCGCAACAUGGCGCGCUCGCAACGUCACAGCUUACAUGUCAGAGUUCCUACCUCCCGAGCCAGUUCCUCUGCCCGUCCACGACUCCGUACCUUCUCUGACUGACGAGAGCUGCAUCAUUACUGACGAGCUACAGUUCGACCAGCCGUCAAUAGCGCCAGAAGAGGAGGGAGGGGAUGACAACGAUUCUUGGCUGAUGCAUAGACAACAGUUCCUUGAAGAGACUGUUCAAAAGGAGGAUGCUUAAUGGCUCUGUCUUUGUUGCUACUGCAAGAUUUGGUGGAUGUUUAUGAUAUGAU